AUGGCUCAUGAAUUGAUAAUCAAACUUUACGGUAACCUUGGAGAAUAUCUUUCCUUCAGUCUAUCAUCCUUUCUCAAGCAGAUUUUCUACCAAAAGACCGACGAGCCAAUUGUGUAUGCCGGCUGGCACCAACUUCCAGACGAUUUGAUGGAGGCCAUCUUACGGCGCCUGAAUCUGAUCGACGGCGUUCGCUUAGGCAGUGUCUGUAGAUCCUGGAGAGCAGUUGUGAAGCAAGAACACAUCCGAACUGCUCCUUCACUAUGGCUGCUGCUCCCUCACUGUCCAGACAGCAAAUCCUUAAAUUUCUUUAGCACGUCUGAAGGCAUCGUCCGUACCAUAAAGCUACCUAGGCCCGCACGGGGAGGGUGGUGUUUUGGAUCUUCCAGAGGUUGGUUAACUUUUGCUAGGUGGGAAAAAGGUAACCCACAAGUUUUUAUUUUCAAUCCCCUUUCAGGAUUCCGACACCAUCUUCCAUCCUUGACAAAAAUCCCAUCUUUCGACGAUUAUGUCGGUGGCGCGCAGGAUCGAAGCCGCCUUACAUCUUUUAUUCGUAAGAUUGAACUGUCCUCUACAGACCUUUCAAAAUGUAUUGUUGCGGCGACGUUUAGGGAGCCGGCUGACGUAUUAGCGUUAUGCAAGCCCGGCGACAAGGAAUGGAGCGUCUUCCAAGGACUAAAGGGGCAAAGUCCUCGUUACUUGGACAUCAUAUUUCAUGAAGACAAGCUGUAUGCUUUAAUGCAUAAAGGCGCUUUUUUUGCAAGUUAUAGCAUAGAAUUGGCGGAGAAGCGUGAAGUGAUCUUUAGAGUAAUUCAAAAUAUUGUUGUACCCUUAAUCCACACAUGGUGGCGGCGGACGUUGGAGUCACACUUUGUGGAAUCCGACGGUGAAUUGUUGAUUGUCAAGUCACAGAAGUAUGCUUUCAACAAAAGAAGAAGAUUUCAAGUGUUCAAGAUUGGAUUUGGGUAUAUAUUUUCCAGUAUCCGCCCCCGGUUCACUAGGCUAACUAGUAUGGGUGAUAAAAAAUUAUUUCUGUCAAAAAGCAAAUCAUUAUCUAUUUCAGGGCCGGAUUUCAAUGGGAUUGGCGGGAAUCGCAUUUGCUUUGCUGACUACAUUAACGAUUAUUGUUUGGAAGAUGAUGAUGAUCCAACAGUUUCCCGUCAAACCAGAGAAGUUUUCUACCUUGAUGACGAGAGGCCGAUGUGUUGGUUUUCACCACAUCCAUGA